GUUGUAUAAUAAAAGCUUCUUGUGAUAAUUUAUUUGUUUCUUAGUUGAAUUGAUGUUUUUUUAUUUGUAUCUACGAUGAUGAAAAAUAUGAGUUCACAGGGCCAAGUAGGGUUUAGGGUUUGUUGAAAAACUACUCAUGGUGUGUUUCAUUUCCAAUAUACACACGGCAAGAAAAAUCAAGAACGGUUGAAGUUAGUUGUAAGUUGUAACUUCGAAUUCCCAUGGCCAUAUACCAGAAAUGACAAUUUUAACUAUCUAUUUAUGAAUGGGUCGGUUGAUUUCGGGUUGUGUUUUACCUUUAAUGCAUCAAAUUUAAUAUAUUACCAGAUGACGAAUUCAAUGCCAAAUUAUCUAAUUUUGGACUUGCUAAGUUAUUAGCCGCCGGAAAAGUCAUAUCACAACCAGAGUUAUGGGCACGUUCGGAUAUGUAGCUCCAGAAUAUGCAAAUAGUGGUCUUCUGAACGAGAAGAGCGAUGUGUAUACUUUUGGAGUUCUACUAUUGGAAGCAAUUACAGGAAGAGAUCAGGUAGAUUAUAGUCGUCCAGCGGAUGAGGUGAAUCUGGUUGAUUGGCUCAAAAUGAUUGUUGGAAAUAGACGGUCAGAAGAGGUUGUUGACCCUAACAUUGGUACUAGAGCAUCUAGAACUGCACUUAAACGUGCACUUUUGAACGCUUUGAGAUGUGUUGACCCUGAUUCUGAAAGGAGACUUACGAUGGGUGAAGUUGUGCGUAUGCUCGAGUCUGAAGAGUAUCCAGUAACACGAGAGGGUCAAAGACGUCUUAGGAGUCAAGCUAAUGCAAUGGAACCCGAGUCUCAGACCGAAAACUCGGAUGCAGAAAAGGUGGCCAAGUAAAAUUUGAAGUCCAGUAUGACCAACUUCCACAUAGUACAGAAAUGAAAUGCAGAAUAUUGUUGUUGAAUUUAGUGAAACAACCAAGAUGAUGGGAAGCUAAUAACAAACACACAUCUUAUUAUUUUUUGUUAUUA